AGGCUGACCCAUCACAGUCAUAUUGCGUGGGCCGUUCAGGUGAUAGACCGUACGUGCAAGAGGAUAUUGAAGGGCCAAGUGUCAAUUUAGGUCUAUGGGAUACACUGGCAACGUUUGGCAUUGCGAUUGCGAGACGCGAAAUCGCUCGUGCGUUGCAUGGUUUGCCGCCCCACCCAGGGACGUUCUAUCAAGGAAGUUGUGAGGAGAAGGAAAAACUGCUUGACGAAGUUAUCAGUCUUAUGAGAAUGUUGAGCUCAACUUCUCAUCCUGUCCUAGCACAAUUGGGGAAGCCUGUGAUCUGGCAUACGGACCUUCACAUGGGGAACAUCCACGUCUCUCCCGACAACCCGUCUCAGAUUCUCUCCAUCAUUGACUGGCAAUCAAUAUCCGUCCUCCCUCUUUUCCUACAGGCACGUUGGCCCAUUUUCCUAGAGCUGCCUGAAAACUUUGUUAGGGGGUUUCAAGCGCCAAAAUUACCAGACAACCUGAAAGAGAUGGAUGAAGAGGACCAACAGCUAGCGAAAUUUUAA